AUGAGGAAGAACGUGAAGUAUGAUUGGAUAGAUGAGUGCGAGCUGAGUUUUCAAGAGCUGAAACAACGAUUGGUUUCUGCUCUAGUUCUAAUCAUUCCAUCUGGGGAUGGUGGAUUUGUUAUCUUCAGUGACGCCUUUAAGAAAGGUCUUGGGUGUGUUCUAAUGCAGCAGGGAAGGGAGAGGAUCAAAACAGCUCAGAAGAAGGACGAAGAGCUGGUAGAGGUUAUCGAAGGGGUACAAAGUGAGUUAAAGCCGGAUUUCAAUAUCUUUAAUGAUGGGAUAUUAAAAUUCCAUAGCAGGGUUUGUGUAUUGAAUAACGUCGAGAUUAAACAGGUCAUUCUAGAGGAGGCACACUGUUCGCUCUACACAGUACAUCCUGGAAGUACGGAGAUGUACCAAACCUUAAGGAAUCUUUUUGGUGGUCGAACAUGA